CGACAAUUUGUUUGUAUUACCCCCAACUUCGGACAAUUUCUUCGUAUCAGAGAAACACUUAUAAAUAAUGGUAAAUGAAUGACCCUAUUGAAGCCGUAACAAUUUCAAAAAGACUUAAUUCAUCAAAUUAUCGGAGAUUUAAGACAUAAUUUACCAAAAAUCAUUCUACCCCUAACAUCGGACACUGUAAAUAUACAGGUUUUGAACACAAAAAUUAUGUCUCGGUUAAAGUUAAAAAUGCCUUGAUCAACACAAAUAUAACCUUAUAAAUUAUCACUAGGCAUCCUUGAUAAGAUAAAGCAUGGGUGUGUAAUUUACAGAACAGAUCUCGCCGAUGCGGCAUAUGUUUAUAUUUUACGGAACAGCAGAUCUUUCUAGAAUUUCUCGCGCGCUAUUUCAAUGCAGUGAAGCUUACACAGAGAUUUUUAUGGAGUAAAGUGUAAACUGUCCGAAGUUAGAAGAUGUCCGAAGUUAGAGGAUUGUACUCUAUCUACAAUGAAGCAGCUCUAGUUUUUGGUCAUCCUGGUUUACAAAGGUGGCAAAAACCUGUUAGGGAAGAAAUGUCACACAAUGCUGUCCAAUAAUAAAAGAAAAGAAUUCGCUUCUUAGGCAAAAAAAAGGCUUCUUGCAACCUAAGCCACGCAUAUUACCCCAGUUACGACAGGCUGAUACUAUCAUUAGACAGGUCCACAGCAACAAUUAUCUGUGUAAGGCUGAGUGAUAGAGCUCUGUAACGCCUGUGGAAAGCUACAGCCAGGGUCAAAAGUCCCGGCGCACAAAUAAAUUUUUGCUUUAACUUAAACACGUUCCAUUUAGAAUAAUUUUCAAUUUAUCCGUUUAAGGAUGUUCACGUUAUGUUAUGUUUCUUUAGUCAAAAUAUUGACAGGCUGGUGGAUAAAAACCAUUUAGUUAUUGCGCAGGGUAGAAAUACAUUCCGCCACGAUUCUGUUUUAAAAGAACUUGUGGAGUUGCUCACUACUUUUUGUAAGUCCAUCACGUCACCUGUAAAACAGCUAAAAACAUUAAGUUUGUUAAAGCUGGUGCCUACACUCCUGGUAAAAAGUCUAAACUUACAGGUCUUUUACAUCUCGCCUGCGAUUGGAUGAUUUUGUCAGACUUAAAGGACGGAUUUGUUUUCCCUGGGCAUAUUGCUUUAGCAUCACUCAGGCCAGAUCUCGUUAUCUAUUCCAACAAAAGGAGGUAUGUGAUUGUGAUAGAGCUUACCUGUCCAUGCGAGGAAAAUAUGGAAACUUGGCAUUCAACUAAGAUGUCCAAAUACAAUCCUCUGGAGAACAUCAUCAAACAAAACGGUUGGCAUAUAGAUCUUUUUGCCAUCGAAGUAGGUGCCAGAGGCUACUGCUCUCGAUCUGUUUCUUCUUGUUUGAAAAGACUGGGAUUGGAUCGCAGAAAAACUUUUCAAGCUGCUCGUCAACUUGGUGACAUGUGCAUGAAAGCUUCUUUCUGUAUUUGGGUCGCUAGAAAUACAAAGGUAUGGAAUUAACACAGCCCCAUACCUAUUUCAACCAACUAUUCCAUACCCACUCCUCUAAUGCCAAAUGCCAAACAACCAACAGUCACCAAGCCCAAUACACGUGUUAAAGCAGGCGAAGACCCACCUACCCACAGCAAAGUAAUUCACGCAGGAUUAAAUAAAGGAAAUACCUGUUACGCCAAUUCCAUCCUGUAAGCAUUAACUGCAAUCCCAUCAUUUUGGUUACAUUGUGCUUCGGAAUCUUCUCUUGUUUCUCCUCUAUUGAAGUCUGUUAUGCUGAGUAUGUCCAUGCUGUCCUAGUCUUCCACAGCUGUUGACCCUUCUGCCUUCUUAAGAGCCUUGCAGCGUGAGAUGUCCAGCAUUAGGAAGACCCCAUUCAACAUUAAUACACAGCAGGACGUGCCAGAAAUACUGCUUCAUGUGUGACUGGGGUAAGAAGUGGAGUCGUCACUCUCCAAAGAUAAGACCAGUGCAGUCAAACUCCCUUGCUGACAUAAUUUUUUUUUUGUUUGUUUGUUUUCCUUUGUUUUUUGUUUUUUCCUUUUUUUUUGACUGGGGUAAUAAUAAGUGGAGUCGUCACUCUCCAAAGAUAGGACCUGGUACAGUCAAACCCCCUUGCUGGCGUAAUUUUUUUUUUGUUCUUCGCUUUUAUUUUGACUGGGGUAAUAAGUGGAGUCGUCACUCUCCAAAGACAAGACUACAAAAAAUAAAUAAAUAAAUAAAUAGUAAUAAAAAAAAUAAAAAUAAAAAAAAAUAUAAGAAUAGUCAAACCCCCUUGCUGACAAAAGCCGGACUUUGUGGUGCUCACUGCAAUUUACCUAACCUCUUCAAGGAAAAGGAUGUAAGGGAUGUACACCAUUGAGCAAGCUUUGUUUGCAAGGGACCACUGCUCUGUCGUUGCAAUGAAACCACUUACCACGUACUUGGUUAUAAGCAACAGUAGUGUAAUGGCCAUUGUUCAAAUUUCCGGAGUGGUUAAUAACAGCCCUUAAAGGAGUGGUUCACUUAAAAUUCAUUAAAUUUUUCUUCUUUAAAUUUUGUUUCAAAUGCUUAAUAUAUUUAUAAAAGUAUAUUUAUUUUUCUUUUUAACGAAAGUUUAUGCAAUUAAGGCCUAAUAUGCAUAAGUGUUUUUACAGUGGUUUUAAACUAAUUAAAUAUUCUGACAUCAUUGGGGCAUAUGUUGAAAAAAACAGCAUGUGAGGAGAUGGUGUCAAAAGGUUUGAGAAAGUGAAAGUUUAAACGAAAUUAAAAACAACAUUAAAAAGAUAGCAUUUUUUUAUUAAAAUGGGCUGGUGUGUUGUUGUUGGUUGUAGUAAUAAUACUUUUACAAAAAAUAGAGAAACAAAUAUCAGUUUUUUUCGUUUUCCGUCAAAUAUUACCUUGAAAAAGAAAUGGUUAGCUAACAUUAAAAGAGAAAACCCACCUAAAGAGGCGAAGAUUUGUCAUCAGCAUUUUGAGAAUUCAUGUUUUACAAGAGAUUUACAGAACGAACUUCUUAACAAACCACUCAGACGUUUGCUCAAAGAUGACGCUGUUCCAACUUUAUUUCCUCACAACUCAGGAAAACAACCACAAAAGCGAAGAUCCAGCAUUCUAAGAGAGGAGACUGCAGUCAAACAAAAACUAUGUGAAGAUGCAAUCAUUCACAAUGAAGAAGUAGAACACUUGGAACUUGAGAUGAAUUCUAAAGGUACACAAGCUGUCUUUACACCUGAAACAAAUUGUGUAUCUACUCAAACGGAAAAACAAAGUAACGCAAAUAAAGUGAAUGUUGCAGUUCAAUGUGAUUAUAAGCCCAUUCAAGUUGCAGCUAAUAAUGACCUUGGUGAAAUCACUUGUAGCAGUGAUUCAGAAAGUAGUUACACCGAAACUGAUUGUGAGUAUCUAAAUGAAAGUGAAUAUAGCAGUGAUCAUGAAUAUAAUAUCAACACGCAAGUUCCUCAAAAAGCAGCUUUCAUAGUAUAUUGGUCAUCAUUAUUGGUAUUCUUUCAAAGAUGUUUAACUUGUUCAAUGCCUGCUUUCGUGAAAUGCUUCAGUACAAAGGGUUCUCAGCUAAUGGUAAAAUUGCUCUGUGUGAAUAAUCACAAUAAUACCUGGAGGUCUCAACCAAUUAUCAAUCGGUAUUCACAGGGAAACUUAACGCAAGCAGCAGCGGUACUUUUUAGUGCAAAUACGUUCAAACGAAUGGCUAAAUAUUUCAACCUUGCAAGCAUUCAAUGGAUAACUAAAACUAGUUAUUACACAAUUCAAAGAAAAUUCUGA